CUGGUCGAGCGAGUUGGGGUGUAUGCUGCCUGCGCGCCUUGGCCAAUGGAACCAGAUCCUCCCUGCAGUGCGUAAGAGCGCAAUUUAGGAUUUAACCAGGUCUUUGCUGUGGAGCUGGCAGCAGUUCGAGAGAGCCCGUCGGCGAAAGCACACAUCACACAAUGCAAGUGUAGUCUUCACUCAGUCUUCAGACGUCUCAGUGGAAACAGACUUCCCUUUAACGUUGCUGCUUCGAACUAUGACUGGAGUAUUCGACCGAAGGAUUCCGAGUAUCAAACCUGCCGACUUCCAGAACCCUUUUCAGCUUUCCACCACCAUGCAUCACCCGUCUCAGGAAUCUCCUACGCUACCCGAGUCUACGGCCACGGAUUCUGGCUACUACAGCCCUGCUGGAGCAGUGCACCAUGGCUAUUGUUCGCCUAACUCCACCUCGUAUGGGAAACCGCUCAAUGCCUAUCAGUACCAGUACCACGGCGUAAACGGAUCUGCGGGAAAUUACCCUGCAAAAACAUACCCUGACUACAGCGCAUACACAGCCUCUGCGUACCACCAAUAUGCUGGAACUUAUAGCAGAGUACAACCACAACCAUUAAGUCCGCAAGAAAAAGAGGUAGCAGAACCUGAAGUGAGGAUGGUAAACGGAAAGCCCAAGAAAAUUCGAAAACCAAGAACAAUCUACUCCAGUUUUCAGCUCGCCGCCCUGCAGCGGAGAUUUCAGAACACACAGUACCUCGCGCUGCCUGAGAGAGCAGAGCUUGCGGCUUCGUUGGGACUCACGCAAACGCAGGUGAAAAUAUGGUUCCAGAACAAAAGGUCGAAACUGAAGAAAAUCAUGAAGAAUGGCGAACUCCCACCGGAACACAGCCCGAGCUCCAGCGAUCCCAUGGCUUGCAACUCUCCUCAUUCACCCGCCGUCUGGGACACGCAGGGCCCGUCCAGGCCUCACAGCCACCAGGCACAGAACAACAACUCGGCGGCAUCAACCUUUUUGGAAAACUCAGCCUCUUGGUACUCCGCGGCUGGUGCCAUGAAUUCUCACCUCCAGACCCCCAACUCGAUACAGCACUCUUUGGUUCUCGGAUCGGGGACGUUAUACUGAAACCCAGUUCAACAAAUAUUUCAUUGUAUGGGACUCGUGUUUAAAAGAUUCAGAGGAAUAUGCAAUGUAUUGAUGACAGUCAUAGAAGAACGUGUAUAAUGUGUAAAUGUGUGCAUGUAAUUUAUUGCAUUUUGGAAGACUAAUUAAACGUUUUAAAUGGACAA